GCGAGCUCUGCCGGUGGUGAUCGAGCUAGCUAGCAUGUCGAGGGAUCCGCUGAUCGUCGGGAUGAUCGUCGGCGACAUCGUCGACUACUUCGACGCGUCGGCGCGGCUGAGGGUGCUGUACAGCAACCGCGAGAUCACCAAUGGGUCCGAGCUGAGGCCGUCGCAGGUGGCGAACCAGCCGACGGUACAGAUCACAGGGCGACCCGGAUCACUCUACACGCUCGUGAUGGUAGACCCCGAUGUACCUAGCCCAAGCGACCCUUCCCAACGGGAAUACCUUCAUUGGUUGGUCACAGACAUACCAGAAAGAGGAGACGUGAGCUGUGGAACUGAGGUGGUGGCGUACGAGAGGCCGCAGCCGACGGCGGGGAUCCACCGUGUGGCAUUCGUGGUGUUUCGGCAGACGGCACAGCAGGCAAUCUACGCGCCAGGGUGGCGCUCCAAUUUCGUCACCAGGGACAUGGCGGAGUGCUACAGCCUCGGCGCUCCGGUCGCCGCCGCCUACUUCAACUGCCAGAGGGAGGGCAGCUGCGGUGGCCGGAGGUACCGAUGAAGCAAGCUGGCUCUAUGUACGUACGUAUGCGCGAUCGGUCCAUGCAGAUGGGGUCACACAAAAUAAGUAAGCAAAUGAAUAAAUGUGUGUAAGCUAGGUAGCUGCUUCUAAUGCAUCCAGUGUAGUACUGGCUAGCUAUCUCG